CCCGCAAAUGCAGAAGCAAAGAACAGAGUCCAUGCCAUGCUCCCCUCCAACUCCACUUUACUUCUUGCGAGUGAUAAACGUGUUGAAUUUUAACUUGUGUUGUUCAGUGUGGCGCUCGCUAAUGAAUGGGUUGCUGUCCCUCGGGAGGGAAGGGGAGCACUGAGGGAGAGCCCUGCGUCGUUGUACCCACAUUGCGGGCAGCGGGGAGGGCGACAGCUGCUCCUGCGAGUCCGCCGCUCUUCCCUGUCUAGGAUCCCCCGCUUCCCCCGCGGGACUUCUGCCCAGGAAGUAGGCGAGUCCACUGCUCUGGCUUCCGGGUUAAAGAGAAAAGUUCGGAUCUUGCUUGAGGGCGCUGCUGAGUCUCCACCGGGGGUGGGGAAGCGUGCCUUUUCAGGCACUGCUUUCCGUUUAGGUUGCACUUUUGCAGCGCCCGCCCGCCCGCCGGCACUUACUCAAAGGAAACCCCUGUGGAACUCAGCGUGAAUUUGCUUCCGAGUACGCAUGUAUACGGUUGUGUCUUGUUGUCUCGAAUUUUAUGCCCAGCCCCACUUUAAUGUUCUAUCUGACAUCCAUACCAAAGUGGUGAUAAAGUGCAUUAAUACCAUGGGAGAUGAAUCUGUGAUUGCUUGUCCUGCUAGCUGCUACAGGAACCCUCACCCCACUUUCUUCUCUUUGAUCAGCCCUCUUUUUUUGGAAACCUGGAGCUAAAGUUCUUUAAAAUACAUGACAGUGCUGAAGUUAGCUGAUGAAGGAUUGUGCACAGCUGUUUAAAGUCCAUGGGUGACAAUGGCCCAGUUACCAAAAGCAAGAAGGUUUCUGAUGAUUAGCUGCCUGCUGCAGAGACACUUUGCAACCAGAAGCAAAACUCCUACCAAAUAUGCUUCAUUUUCUGAAGUUCUGCAGUUACAGGAAAAACAGUUCACUGAGAUCUCCUUUCCUCUCCAAGAUCUGGCCAGAUACCUAGCUCCUAAUGUGGACAGAUCGUGCUUUCAGAUUUUUACUCCUAGCCAUGAUGAUAUUUACAGAGCAGAGAUGUUUUUUGUUCCAUCACGUGAACAUGCUAUUGAUUAUUUUACUUCUGCCAUUCGGAUGGAUCAUACCCCACAAUCAUCACUGCCUGAGGUUUGCUUUUUAGGAAAAAGCAACGUAGGAAAAUCCUCCUUAAUCAAAGCCUUGUUUUCACUGGCACCUGAUGUUGAAGUCAGAGUUUCAAAAAUUCCAGGUCACACGAAGAAAAUGAAUUUCUUCAAAGUGGGAAAAUUACUUACGUUAGUAGAUAUGCCAGGCUAUGGCUACAGAGCACCCAAAGAUUUUGCAGAGAUGGUGGAGCCAUAUUUAAAUCAACGUCAGAACUUGAAACGGACAUUCUUGUUGGUGGAUGGCCUAGAGGGAAUUCAGGAAGAGGACAAGAUUGCUGUAGAUAUGUUGGAAGAAUUUGGGGUCCCCUAUGUUAUUGUACUAACAAAGAUUGACAAAGCACCCAAAGCCGUGAUGGCCAGAAAUGUGCUACAGAUUUCCAAUUUCAUAGAGAAGAAUACACAAGGGUGUUUUCCUCAAAUCUUCCCAGUCAGUUCGUUGCAUUAUUCUGGAAUCCAUGUGCUGAGAUGCUUUGUUGCAAAUGUUACUGGAUGUUUUCACUUAUCCACUUGAUAGCAUAUCGUCACGACUCAUCAUCAUGUUGUAUGUUCUUUCUCUAAAAGAUACGCGAUAUACUGCUCUGCAGAUUUCAAAGGCUUCUUAAAAAUAAUUUGUGUAAAAUAAAUUUCACUUCACGUAGCUUCAACUGGAACAUUAUUGUUCAGGGUACUUCUUUGCUGUGUCUUACUUUAUUGAAUCUGAGAUGUAAAAGCAAAGUAUCUUCUUUCUAGCCUAGUCUAUUAGGUAAAUAAACUUAUAUGAAACCCUA